GUUUUAUCUUCCUUUCCUCCUUACUGGUAGAGACGUUAGCGGUUCGCAUCCCGGCAGGCAGGAAGCGGCGGGAAUUCAUGUGAGUAAGGCAGCGACACACUCGAGGAUGGAAUUAAUCGAUAUCAACUCAGACGAAAUUCUCUUUAAAAUCAUGCACGUAACUUGUCCCACUAUUCCGACACUCCUGGCUCUCCAGUUUCCCUCCCUCCCUGUUGGUAGGUCAGCUGGGCCAACAGCAGGCAGUUGCUCCUCAGACAGCGCAGGGGGAAGACGUACUCGUAGCGGCGCUCUCCCGGUGUGCCAGUCACGUCAUCAGACUUCGGACCGCUCUUCUCCGCUUAACUGGAGAAUUUUGCCUCGAUAACGCAAUUGCAUAUCGUAGAUUUGAGUUGAGAGGCUUUACGCUUUUCUCGCCUACUAACACCUGCCGAAGUUUAGUCGAAACAGAUGGAUUCAGGAUAGUUAUCACUCCCUCCAACCUUGCAAAAUGUCGCACUUACUUGUACUUGACAUAUUUAACUAAAACAACUCCUGUGCCUUUCCACACCACCACGCGUCUCACGGCUCAUCCUUCGCUUUACACCGACCCGAGUCACACGCCUCGAGGCUCAUGGCUGCGACAUCAACGUGUGGGAAGCAGGUGGUCUGUGCCUCGUGUUCUGCUAGCACACGAUGCCAGCCUGGGCAGUCGAGGCUACACUUCAAGCCUCUGUUGUGUGUGGGCGCCCCGUGAGAUGUACAGAGAUUUUGUGAAGUGAAGCGGCGGCGGCGGCGGCGGCGGUGGUGGUGGUGGUGGUGCUGGUCGUGGUGGUGGUGCUGGUCGUGGUGGUGGUGGUGGUGGUGGGACUUAAUUUUUCCUUGGGAGUUCCGUCGUCUCCAUGACCCCUCCGGAAAGUGAGGGUGGUCUGCUGGAGAAGAACCUGGCCCAGGCGGAUGUGACUAGUGCCCCCAAUGGGGCACCCUCACCCUAUACCAGGGAGGAGGAGGAAGAUGGGGUGGUAUUUGACAGUCAAUCAGAGGUGUACACCACGUUGUUCGGCUGCUUAGUGUCCGAGUCUUCACGAUUCAACCUUAGUUUGGAUGAGGGUUUUUGGGAGCCCUAUUUGUAUGCCAAGUUUCAGAGCCAAGCCGGGAACGCUUCCGGGAAAGAGUGGGAGCGGCUGUCUGGACACCCAAAUGGAACAGUGUUCGUACAGGACUCCGCAGAGUACUUGGGCCCCGGAACAACCUACUAUUACGGCCAAGGCGAGGCACCCGAGGACCUGGUGAACGGCAUUCUAGAUCAAUGCCUCUCUCUCACGUCUAUUCUCACGACGCCGCGUCCUUACCUGCUAGUAUGGUGGCAACAAUUCCUGUGGACGCUCGUGUUCGGCGUGAUGAUGACCAUGGCAGUGGGAGGCAAUAUCCUCGUCAUUUGGAUCAUCUGUGCUCACCGACGCAUGCGCACCGUCACCAACUACUUCCUCCUGAACCUGAGCGCCGCGGAUCUCUUCAUGUCGGUCCUCAACUGCAUGUUCAACUUCAUCUACAUGUUGCACAGCGACUGGCCGUUCGGUGCCGUCUACUGCACCAUCAGCAACUUUAUGGCCAACGUGACCAUCUCAGCAAGUGUGUUUACUCUCAUGGCCUUGUCCUUCGAUAGGUUUAUCGCUAUUGUAAGACCACUGGAGCCUCGCAUGUCCAAGACGGUGGCUCGAGUGUUUAUCCUGGUCAUCUGGGGUUCGUCCAUGCUUCUGUCUCUUCCGUGCCUCCUGUUCUCCACAACUGUGUCCAUCAAGUACAAGAAUAAUGAGGUGCGGAGAGGCUGCAUCCUGAGGUGGCCAGACGGACUCACCAGCAGCAGCAGACAGGAGCACAUCUACAACGUGGUCUUCUUCAUCACCACGUACCUGCUGCCCAUGCUGGUGAUGCUGUGGUCGUACUUCCGCAUUGGCCACGAGCUCUGGGGGAGUCAGAGCAUCGGGGAGCUGACGGAGAGACAGGCGACCAGCAUACGCUCAAAGAGAAGGGUGGUGAAGAUGUUCCUAGUGAUCGUGGCGGUGUUCGCGGUGUGCUGGCUGCCACAACAGGCCUUCUUCCUGUACACGUACCACAACUCCGCGGUGCUGGACACGGCCCACAUCCAGCACGUUUACCUCACCUGCUACUGGCUCGCCAUGGCCAACGCGAUGAUCAACCCCGUCAUCUACUACUGGAUGAACGCCAGGUUCCGCGCGUACUUCCGGGAGGUGGUGUUGCAGUGUGUGUGCCUGCAGUGCCAUCGCCGCUCGCCCAGCUACGAAGGCUCCCCGACGCUGGAGAGGCGACACGUGCCCUGCGACGACCCCUCCUCCCGCUCUCGCUCAGACACCCGCCAAGGACCAAACGGGACCUUCCGCACCACGCCUGCCUCCCAGCGCUCCAACAACCACCUGCUCGUGUACUCGUCCAGGGAGGGACUCACCGCAAGGAACAGCUGUCGGCUGGGAGGAGGGGGACCGCAAUGCAACAUGUGCCGUCAGAGUUUAAGAACCGCUACCCUCCUGAACGGCUCUACCCUGCAGAUGGUUCCCUUGGGCCCUACCCUUGCCACACUUGGUCCAGAAGCGCUCCUGUACCGUGGCAAAUCAUGUAUUCAGAGUCAGAUAUAACAGUUUGAUGAGAUGGUGAGUUUGUCAGUCCGUGAUGUUUCCUCGCCACGGCUACUGAACGGUGACAGCACAAGCGACAUCUUUACGUGCGAAACAAUGGAUCUUCCCUUGAUUUUACCUCUGAGUAGCUGUAACUGAGACUGAUCAGCAUUACGAAUAUAAUGAAACAGCUUCACUUUUCCCGGUGAAGCAAACACGGCCACGUUUGACCGAAAGAACGUGCGAAGAGCGAACAUAGAAAUUCUGACGUUGAUUAUGUCGGUGUUUGCAGCGAUAACUCUAAAAGUGUCAUAUCAUUUUUCCAGCCAUGACGAAUAGGACUAUAUCAUAUCACAAUAGCAAUUAAAGAGACUGAAAAAAUAAAUAAAUAAAUCGGUCAAAAAAAAAAAAAAAAAAAUGCAGAAUAAGGAGGAAUAUCCGUCCAUGUGCAUGAUUUUUAUGGAUCAAUGUGCACGUGUGAGUGUGUGUGUGUGUGUGUGUGUGUGUGUGUGUAUGUGUGUGUGUGUGGGUGGAUGAGUGGCUGGGUAGGUGGGGGAGGAGGCGUGAUCCAGUAAAAUAUGUAGAAGACUAGGUUCCUUAGUUAAAUAGGAAAUCAUACAUCUACUCUGGAAUCCAGGACUCGAGAUUAUUUUUGGUCAUUAGUUUUUGCCUUCCCGUCCAUCACUCGCUAUGAAAUUUUCUACGGGGAAUCUGUGAGCCAAUUCACGUGUGCAAGACAUGAAUUGCCACUACCAGCACUGUGGACGCUGGAACCACAAGAUACUCCCAGCUGAAGACACUCGUUACAUUACCACACAUUCUAACUAGUGCUAUAACUCAGUGCUGUGAGUGAGUGGUAUUAUCAGUAUAAGAUGAAGCUGUUGUUGUUAGGAACGUUGCACACCGUUUACACUACCCAAUGCCGGCAUCUGCUCAACUCGCGAGAUAGUUAGAACCAUAGAAACACACCAAGGCAAGUUAAGUUGCAUUUUUCAUCAUACAAGUACAGACUGGUGAACAUAAAAUGUACAGGGAUGUACGAAAAGCCCGCGCUGGAGCAGGUAAUUACUAAAUUAAUGUUAUACCUUUAAAAGCUUAGAUUACUCAGUGCUCCUAAGCUCUUUGUGCUCUACUCAACUAAAGUUAUGUGGGAAAAUUCAAUCAAGAAUUCCAUGAUACAAAUUUGACUGAAUCUUCCUAUCAACAGUCUGUCGCACUGAUCCUUCCACUUCCUCCACCUUUCGUGUUUGCUGCCUCCAGAGAUCACCAGUGCUGGGAUUGGCGGUGAAACGAUUCCACCAUGUGUGUGUGUGUGUGUGUGUGUGUGUGUGUGUGUGUGUGUGUGUGUGUGUGUGUGUGUGUGUGUGUGUGUGUGUGUGUGUGUGUGUGUGUGUGUGUGUCUGUGUCUGUGUGUCUGUGUCUGUGUCUGUGUGUGUGUUGUGUGUGUGUGUGUGUGUGUGUGUGUGUGUGUGUGUGUGUGUGUGUGUGUGUGUGUGUGUGUGUGUGUGUGUGUGUGUGUGUGUGUGUGUGUGUGUGUGUGUGUGUGUGUGUGUGUGUGUGUGUGUGUGUGUGUGUGUGUGUGUGUGUGUGUGUGUGUGUGUGUGUGUGUGUGUGUGUGUGUGUGUGUGUGUGUGUGUGUGUGUGUGUGUGUGUGUGUGUGUGUGUGUGUGUGUGUGUGUGUGUGUGUGUGUGUAAGCUAUCGUGAAAAAAAAAAAAAAAAAAAAGCUUUCCGGUGGUAACCUAAUCGCAUUGGUCAGGCGGUUUCCUUUCACGAAUCUCGAUGAAAUGGAAGACCCGGACACGACUGAUCACACCUUCAGCUGUUACUGAUGCAGGUGAAAAACUUUACGCUGACUCCAGUGGCCAAGUAAGCUCAACAUAGUGACCCACGAACAGCGACACCCGCAGUUGCUGUCUUGUAUAGAUAUUACUGGUGUACAUAGUGAACACGAUGUAAACCUUCCACAGUAUUUUCGUUCUUGAAAUGAUUCAUAAUUGUCAUAUCAACUUGUAUAACAUUUUUUUGGAAAGGGGACGGGGAGGGAGGGGGAGAUCACAGAAGAACGGGGUGCUAUGAGGCUCAUAUUUACAGGGUACAGGGUCAUCUCGGGACCGAAACCAAUUACUUGUGUGUCUGUAUGGAU